AGAAAUCUCAGUGGAACAAUGAAGGACCCGCUGGUGAGGACGAAGGUGUUAGUUCGCCACUUGCCUCCCUCUCUUUCUCAGUCUGAUUUCUUCCAGCAAAUCGACCACCUCUUCGGUGACCGCCACAACUGGUUCUGCUUCCGUCCCGGAAAGAACAGCCAUAAGCAUCAGAGGUAUUCUCGAGCCUACAUAGAGUUUAAGCGGCCUGAAGAUGUUUUUGAGUUUGCGGAAUUCUUUGAUGGUCAUGUGUUUGUUAAUGAGAAAGGGACUCAAUUCAAGUCUAUAGUUGAAUAUGCACCUUCACAGCGUGUUCCCAAGCCAAGUAACAAAAAGGAUGGUCGUGAAGGGACCAUAUAUAAAGAUCCCGAUUAUUUGGAGUUCCUCAAACUUAUAGCAAAGCCUGCUGAGCAUCUUCCUAGUGCAGAAAUACAGUUGGAGAGAAAGGAAGCUGAACAAGCUGGUGCCGCAAAAGAAGCUCCUAUUGUUACACCCCUCAUGGAAUACAUUCGUCAAAAACGAGCUGUCGGAAGUGGAACCCAGAUUUCAUCAGUUGUUCGGAAGGUGAGAAGAAGAACUGGGGCCGCAUCUUUUAGCAAACGUGGUUCAACCUCUACAAAACGGGUCUCUGAGAAGAAAAAGUACAUAUUAAAAGACACGGCUAAAUAUACAAGUCGAAAGGAUAGGUCAACUUUCAAUGUGUUGCCCAGGCGAGAGGAUCAAUUGGCUAGUUCAAGUGGAAAAGAUACGAUGGGAAAUGAAAUUGGUUCUGUUUCGGGAAUCCCUGUGAUUGCAGACUCUGGAAGGACAAAAAUCCUUCUUAAGCGGGAAACACCUCCUGCUCCUGAGGGUAUAUCACAACAUCAGGCAUCCAUAGGAAGUUCCCCAGUUUCAGCUUCUCCAAAGCAGAACCAAAGGCGUGAUGCUAGUGGUAGAUUUCUCAGAAGCAUACUUUCACACAAUGAGGUACGCCAAAGGGAAGCUUCAGCAGAAGUUCAGUCUCAGCAGAAAAUCCUGGGUCCAAACUCGGACAUUAAGCGUGUGCCACGACCCUCCAAUGCACGGUUAGGAUUGAAUAAUGAAACUAAUUCUAUGAGCUCUGAAGGGGAUAGAAGGAGGGUUAUGGUUGAUAAAUUUACGAAGAAGGACAUGCAUGGUACAACUAACAUUAGUGAGAAGCAAGACAGACAUACAAGAAACAAGGAUAGACCAGAUCGUGGUGUUUGGACUCCUCUUCGUCGUGCUGAGAGUUCCCAUAAUAGUGAUGAGCAUUUGUCAUCCUCGGCUUCACAACGACCUCAACUGCUAUCUGAUUCAGUUGAAGUUCCCCAUGGAGAAGUGAAAGCUGACACAUCUUAUGGAAGUAGGACGGGAGAAGUUCCCACAGGAUCCAAUCGACAUUUCGGUCGCCGUGGAACUGCCUCUAGCAUGAAAGAUGAUGGCUCUCUAAAUACAAGUGAGGGGAAGUCAUCAAAAAGAGGUGCUGCUGCUGCUGUUCAUGGUGCCCCUGAGGUAUACAUCAGUUUGGGUUCAGAAGUCUUCUGGUUCAUAGAAUACUCAACUCUGUAAUCAAACACAGGCCAUGCCUACCUGAUCAUGGUGUAGUUUAAAAUCAUCAUGGUGCUGGUGAAAUCAGAUCAUAUCAUUCAAUUGUUCGUAUAAUCAAGGCAAUCAUCUCUAGAAUCAUGUUUUGAGGCCUCCAUUGAAGACACGGUGGAAAAGGAGGUAUACCUAAAAGGAGAGCUUUGAUUGCGCCAAAAUAGGAUAUUUUCUUAGGUGUGAGAUUUUACUCGUGCCGGAACCACAAGUGUGAAGUUAUGAGGUCCUAGAGACAAGAUGACAAAUUAUGAGAGAUGGUUGACUUUUGAUUUUCGUUUUAGAACUUUAUUGUACUGCCAUAUGUAUAGGUCAAGUAGUGAAGUGUUCGGUGGGAAAAAGAUACUUGAUCUACUCGCUUCAGGAUGCAUAGCGGGGUGGACUUCUAGCGUACAAGAACUUGUGGUGAACAGUACCGUAUGUUUAAGGUGUUAAUAAUUAUACCUUGCAAGUUUUUGUGUGGUAUGAGGCUAAGAAAGUAUAGUAAUUGAUUUGGUAGUGUUAUGAUUUGCUUAUGGUUAAUUGGUGAGCCUUUGGUAUAAAGCACCAUGGAAUUGCUAAUAUAUGCGCUCAAAAGAAACAUGAAUUGUACUUGGAUAUUUGCUAAUGGUAUAAAUCACAUGUAAUUUCUUAUGGAGUUAUGGGUACCCUUGCUUAUAUUUGCUAAA